AUGGAAAGUGUGGAGGAGCCCCCUUGCACGUGUCAAGUGUGCGGGUUUGUGAUACCACCAAGUCAGCUGAGCCACCACUAUGAAAAAUGCCACAAUUCGCGCGAAUUCAACUGUGACCGGAACCCCCCUGAAGCCUACUUUUGUACUUACUGCAACUACCAUACCCCGUUUAAAGUCACCCUAUACCAUCACGUGAAACAAACGCAUAUCAGCAGGACCGACUCACUUGAUUGCAAUUUCAAGACACACACUUGUAGCGUUUGCAAGUUUCAAACGUCUUCGAUUGUGUUUUUGCUGAAGCACGGGCUCGAAAACGACGAAUGUGGCCAGGUAUUGGACAAAUCGUUUCGUUGCAAUCAGUGUAACUACAAGUCACUUCGCAAGGCUACGUUGAAACGCCACGUUCAGAUAGUCCACGCCACUGGCGACCCCCGCUUGCACCCUUGCAGUUUUUGCCCCUACAGAGCGCACACUAAAAGCACCCUCAAAGACCACAUCAAGUUCAGACACACGCCCCCUGAGGACAUCCAAUGGUUCAAGUGCGAGUUUUGUUUGCACCAAUCAAAAAGCAAUCGCGAGCUCAAAGCCCACUUUGUGACCAAACACGCGGCGCCUGACCAGGUCACGUGGCACCAGUGCAGCCAAUGCGACUACAAGACGAAACAAAAGCAGCUCUUGCGCUCCCACACCUACUACAACCACACCGCGUCCGACGAGAUCAAGUGGUUCAGGUGCGAACACUGCGAAUACCAGACGAAGUACAAGCACAACUUGCGCUUGCACGUGACUCGGAGACAUCCAGCUGCGUUAAAUGUGACGCAACAGUGGUUCAAAUGCGAACAGUGCGAUUUUAAAGCACGAACCAAUUUCCAUCUAAUGGACCACAUCAACGUGCAACACUCGGCAGGCGAUGACAAGUCACUAAUGUGUGACUUAUGCUCCUUUAAAACCAAUCACAAGUAUUACAUGGAUCGGCACAAGUCAACGCACGAAAUCAAGUGGCAUCAGUGCCAGAAGUGCGACUACAAAACCAGGGUCAAAAUGUGUCUCUCGCAACAUAUCUACAAUAAACACACCGAACUCGAGGUGAAAUACUACCAGUGCGAGUUCUGUUCGUACAAGACGCGGAACGGGGCCAAGCUGCAGCCCCACGUCGUGGAAAACCACUCGGACUCGAAGGAGGUGUUCUUCAAGUGCGAGCAUUGCAACUACAAGACGAAGUUGAAGGGGCUGAUGAAGUCGCACACGAUUCGCAAACAUGCGCCCCCUGACGAGAUCAAGUGGUUUAGCUGCGAGCAGUGCGAUUAUAAAGCGCGGAUUAAGUUUAAUUUGACGCAACAUAUCAAGUCACACCACUCGAAUGUGAAGGAGUUUGGGUGCCCGUUGUGUGCGUUUAAGACCAAUCGGAAGUAUUACUUGAAGCGGCAUCACUUGCUGAUCCACGCCAGGCCGGAUGAGAUCAAAUGGGUCAAGUGUGAUUACUGUGAUUAUAUGUCGAAGGAGAGUCGCAGGCUGAAGGGGCACAUUAAGAGUAAACAUUCGGGGGUGGAGAAUAAGGAUGUAAAGUGGUUCAGAUGUGAUAAGUGCGAUUUUAUUACGAAAAGGCAACGCGUUUUGGAGAGGCAUGAGAGUAAUAAGCAUGGAAAUUGA